CACGUUCCACGUGUCAGUUGCUCGCGGCAUUAAUAAAUUAUUAAUAUUAUGUGCAUACAACACUACGACGACGUGGUAACCACGUCAUUAAAAAUAGAUCAAAUCAAACUCAACGACAGUCCUCAGUCUAGUGAAAAACAAAAUGAUAAAAGGGAUGUCAAUAGUAGAAGGCUGGAUUAUAUUAACUGGGAUGAUUACUUUAUGGCGGUGGCCUUUUUAGCUGCUAUGCGUAGCAAAGAUCCUUGUUCCCAAGUUGGAGCCUGCAUUGUUAAUAAUGAAAAAAAAAUUGUGGGCGUUGGCUACAAUGGUAUGCCAAAUGGAUGCAGUGAUAAUGACUUCCCUUGGAAAAAACAUUCGGAUGAUCCAUUAGAAAACAAGUUCUUAUAUGUGUGCCAUGCUGAGUUGAAUGCAAUUUUGAACAAACAAUCUGAAAGUGUUAAAAACUGUACUCUUUACGUUGCUUUGUUUCCAUGCAACGAAUGUGCAAAGGUGAUAAUUCAGUCUGGAAUCAAAAAAAUCUAUUACUUGUCUGAUAAGCAUUCGCACAAAAUUUCUACUAAGGCCUCGAAAAGAAUGCUAGAUGCUGCCAAUGUUAAAUACAGUCAAUAUAAGCCGGCGCAGGAGAAAAUUGUGAUUGACUUUACUGCAAUAAAUUGGAAUAACAUGAAUCAGUUGCCUGAGAGCCCAGACAAAUAGUUGGCUGCUUCAAAAAUAAUUUUUAAUUUUAA